AAGUUAGAAAUAAGAGUAUGAUAGAUAAUGGGUAAUUAAGUGGGAAAUCUAGAUGUUUAAGGACGGACUACCGGAGAAGCCUUUGACUCUUCGUGGGCGAAAAGUGGGCGGGUUGGAGUCGGGAGUAACAUCACUCUGCACAAUUGGCUUCUAUUUUGGCAGCCCUCUUUUUAAUCAGGAGAGCUUUAAUGGAUAACAACAAUGAGGACAACAAGACAGCCGAAUUAGCAGACACCCAUUUAAGUAGUGCAGCGGCCUUUGUGGAAGGAGGCAUACAGGAAGCUUGCGAAGAUGCCUGCAGCAUCUGCCUCGAUCCCUUCUCACACAAUGAUCCUUCUACGGUUACAACUUGUAAACACGAGUACCAUUUACAAUGCAUUCUGGACUGGUCUCAAAGAAGCAGACAGUGCCCUAUGUGCUGGCAGUUGCUUAGUUUGAAGGACCCUGCCAGUCAAGACUUACUUGAAGCUGUGGAAAAUGAAAAGAUCUCCAGAUUAAGAAGGCCUCAAAAUCUGUCAAAUUUUCAUCCUACUUUGUUUGAAGAUUUUAACUUACACAAUGUUCCAAUCAAUGCAGAUGAACUGGAUUUUGAAGAGCAUGUAAUGCAGCAUUUGGCAGGAAUGGCUGCAAUGAGCAGGGCACAUCAAUUUGCCAGGAGGGGAACGCCACAUAAUAGAUCUUCUGCUCAUGGUCACCCUCAUUUUAUUUUGCCUUCAUCAAAUCCUAAUAUGCUUCCUCCAACCCCCGUCUCCAAUUCUCCAGCUUCUCAGGGUGGAAAUUCUCCGGCAUUGACUGCAGACAGCCCUAUUACAUCUCUUGUAGCUGGUGAGGGCGAGCAACUUGAGCGAGCAUCUCAGUCGACUCAAGUGGAAUCUGAUUUCUAUUCAGCUAGGAGUGCAAUAAUGCCAACUGUUCCACAUAGGAAUGUUGCAGGACUUCCUUCCAUUAAGUCUCAAGGGAGAGCAGGACCAUCUGAAAUGCAGUCCUUUUCUGAAUCACUUAAAUGCCGAUUUUCAGCCAUGUCAGCCAGAUAUAAAGAAUCUAUUUCAAAGACUACAAGAGGUUUUAAGGAUAGACUAUGGGUAUGCAACACUUCCAUGAGAAAUCCUGGUCAGGAAGCUCAGCGGGCUGUAACUACAGGAAUUGGUAGUGUUGCCCAUAUGGUGGAGCAUCUUGAUCUGGAAGGCAAAAAUAGAAGAGGCAUUACCAUUGUUCCCAAAGAUACUGAAGGAAGCUCAGGAAAUGGACCUUCUAGGCAACACAUUUAUGAGAACCAUGGUAAGAUGUGUUCUGGCAACAACAUCGGAGUAAAUUUAUGCCCUUCAAGUUCAGGUUCAAGCCGAGUUGCUCCACAGCCUCUGAACAGUGAAUCUAGUAGUAGCAUGGACACUUCCUCUUUGAAGGAUGUAGAAGACAACAGUGGUGGUGGAACUGGUGUGCAGCGUACCAUGUAGUAUCAAAUUGUGGGCUAAGAUCAAUCAUGUCAAGUUCAGUUGUCUCCUUCACAGAAUGGUACUCAUACCUGUUGUCAUGUCAUGUAAGAGACGUAAUGAAUCGUAUAUAUCCUGUGACUUGUUUAUAAGCUGAAAGAAAUGAUUCUCCUAGUUGCAGUUGUGCUUUCAAGCAAUAAAGUAAUUAAUCCAUGUGAUUGUAUAAAUUGCACUGAAGUCUAUGUAAAAUACUAAAAAUUAAUAUUUGUGUAGUGGUAAGUUUUUAAUUUGUCGAAGGGGAAAUGAUCAAAACUCUUAAAUACUGUCAAAUACUCAGGUCUGACCUGGAGUGCAAUUAUUAUAGCACAGCUUCAGUGAUGCAAAUUGAAGUGCUUGGUUAAUGCCAUCUUUGGAGUUGUUAAUAUAUUAAAUUGUUGUUUCAGUUACAGUAUCAGGAACUUGGGACAAAUACAAGUGUACGGAAAGGAAUGUUUGAUAUAAAGUGAAUAAUGGGGUAAAAGAGUUAGAACA